UAGAGCGCAACUGCAAAAAUUAACAAGAAUUUGGUGAUCGACGAUCGCAGAUCGCGUAACCAUAAAAACAGAGGAUAAGUGUACAAAAAAAUCUAUUGCACAACAUUACAAUUUUUUUAUAUCUGUAAAUUUUAUGUUUAUUGUUUAUUGUAUAGUGUUAAGUUUAAGAGAUUUUUGACGCAUCAUGUCUUCCCCCUGGGCUAAAAUUGAAAAACCCAAUAUCAAUUUUCAAGAAAUUAUAUCCGAACAACUAGCAGCUGAUAUUGCAAAAAGGGAACAAGAUAAAUACAUGAAGAGUGUAAGAGACGAAAUGUCAACAGGAGAAGUCUGCAAUGCAUUGCAAGACGAAGCAAGGUGUCUAGAAAAUUUUGAUAUUCCUGAAGAAUUACGGGAUAUUAUAAAAGAGAACGAAAUAAUUGAAUCAGAUGCUGAGAUAGCAAGAACCCUACAGGAUCAGUAUGAUAGAGAACAUGACGAAGAAUUGAAGAGAUGUGAAAAUAAAUUCAAUAGAGGUUCUAAAGUCUCAAUUUCAUUUAGAAAUUAUGGGAGAUCCUUGGAAAGUUAUGAUUAUCAAGAACCACCUGCAGAAUUGCCAGAACGAAGAGAUUGGGAUCGCUUCGAAACAAUGGAAAAAGAAAUAGGAACUAUGCCUUUAUGUGGUUAUAAAAUUAAAGAUGGGCAAUAUAUAACUAAGCAUGACCCAACAAUAUGCGGAAGGAAAAACGCUUGUAGACUUCUCUCUUUUCCUCCUGAAUUCCAAAUUGGUGAUGGAGAAAACAUUGACAUGCUAAUAAACAAUAAAGUUUUCAAUGGUUUAAAACUUUUCAUGCAAUACAGCCAGAAUCAUAGACGACAUAAAAUUCGCGACAAAAAAGAAGAUAGAGCAACUGCUAUGUUUGGACUAGAUGAACAUACAAAGUUGCAACUUUUCAAAAUGGUGAACAAUUCUCAGAUCUUAGAGGAUGUUGGUGGUCUUAUAAGUAUUGACAAUCUUUCAGGAAAAGAAGCUGCAAUUUUCCACGGCUACAGUAACUCAGAGAAUGGCGAUGCUCCUCGAGAAUGCGCCAUCAAGGUGUUCAAAACUACCUUGUCAGAAUUUAAAGAUAGAGAGAAAUACAUAAAAGGUGAUCAUAGAUUCAAGGAUAGGAUUGGUAAACAAAAUUCACGGAAGACAGUUCAUAUUUGGGCCGAGAAGGAGAUGGCCAAUUUGUGUAGAUUAAAGAAAGCAGGCAUUCCGUGUCCUGAAGUGAUUAUGCUGAAAGAAUAUGUUUUGGUUAUGACAUUCAUUGGCAAGGACUGCAUACCUGCUCCUAAAUUGAAGGAAGCUAAUAUGAGUCCUGCAGACUACAUAGUGGCCUAUGAUCAAGUAACCAGCAUAAUGAAGACUCUGUUUUGGGAUGCCAAGUUGAUCCACGCCGAUUUGUCUGAAUACAACAUCUUGUGGUACGAAGGACAGUGUUAUAUUAUUGACGUAAGUCAAUCGGUGGAGCCAAUCCAUGAAAAUGCCUUCACCUUCCUCUAUAGAGAUUGUGAAAACAUUACAUCUUUCUUUAGGAAAAAGUCUGUUCCUGGUGUUCUCACUACCAACGAACUGUUCAAGUCUAUUACUGGUUAUUAUUUUGAGGAGAAGGAACAAAUUCUGAAGCUGCAAGUUACAGAAAAACCUAAACCACACACCAUAGACCGCCUUCAUGAAGAAACAAAUGACAAUUUCGAGAGCGUUUGGAACAAUCUGCAGACUUAUAGCGAUAAUGAAAAAAAUUCCUCAUUAAUAGAGUCACCCAAGGCAUAAAUAUGUUACCAAGACUGUUUCUGCAAUUAUUGCUAGAAGUAACACUUCUUGUUAUGACUCAUUUAAGUGUAUUUUUAUUUAUUCAUUAAAUGAUAAAUGAUA